CUGAAAGAGGAAAUAGAGGAACAUGCAAGAAAGCAGCAGGGUGACACUUCUGACUGCGGUUAAUUGCGACAAGUUGGUGACGGAGAGAUCAAGGAAAAUUCCACUUGCAGACAGACUUUUUGUCUCACUUUCAGAGCAAAUGGGAUUUUUCUGUUUUGCAUUCUCUUCUUUUGAAUCUUUUCUGUUGUCACAGAAUUUAUCUUUCAUGAGAAUCUUUUCUACAGUUUUCUAAAUGCUUUUUGGGGCAGAGCUGUCAGAUGUGCUGUCUGGAGACGGAGUUCCUAACAAACAGUGACUCUGCAAAGCUCGAGACUCUGCAUCCUGCCAGAAUUGUCUGUUGCUCAAAGGGACACUGAGGGGGAAUGGCAACAAUGGAUCAAACCACAAGAAUCAACAGAACUGCGAAGAACCCCCUGGCAAAGGCUCUGUAUGACAACAAGGCAGAGUGCUCUGAUGAGCUGGCCUUCCGCAAAGGAGACAUCCUGACGGUUCUGGAGCUGCGUGUGGCCGGCAGCGAGGGCUGGUGGAAGUGUUCCCUCCAUGGCAGGCAGGGCCUGGCCCCUGCCAACCGCCUCCAGCUCCUCGCCACCGCUCAGCCUGUCCCGCUGCCUCCUGCCGCCCGCGGGCCCUCUGCUGAGUCGCCUGAGGCCCAACACAACAUCUACCAGGUUCCCUCCGUCCCCAAGCCCCCCACAGUGUCCUCUAUCUAUGAGAAGAUGGAGGGGUGGGUUAAAUCUCCAGCUAGAGUCGGUACGCUGCCUGCUCAAGGAAUAUAUCAAGUGCCAGCCUUGGCUGCACAGCUGCUCAGUGAAAGGACCCAAAGCUCAACACACCAGCACCUGCUCACCCUCCCAAGAGCAUGUCGGGCCUCAGUCCCAAACAUCAGGAGUGAUGUGUACGACAUCCCAUCCACGCAGCGCCAGGAGGCCUUGCUCACCCAGGGCAGUGCCACUCCACCCACAGUACGAAAGGGCUCUGUGCUGGUCAGAUCCACCGAGUGUUUCCAGGAGGAGCAGAAGCAGUUUUACAACAUCCCUUCUGGCCCAGAAAAGGCAGGAGCUGUCCAGAAAGACUCACCAGCAGGCAAUUUAUAUGAUGUCCCUCCCAAAAGAGAAAUUGUUAUUUCAGACAGUGAACCUCAGAGAAAGUGCUGGGGUCAUUACAGUACCUUGCCAAAUCCUCGGAAGUCAGAAUGGAUUUAUGAUAUCCCGGUAUCACCUGAAAAAAAAGGAUUAAACCAAAACGCUUCUGUCCAUUCCUCGGAGAACCAGGUGCUGUAUGAUAUACCACCAGCCAGGUACAAGGCACUAACCACAAAUGCUGAAGCCAAAGUUGUAGAUCCACAAUUAUAUGAUAUUCCACCGACACAACGGAAACUGACGUUUCCAGAUAUCCAUCUUUAUGCUGUUCCAUCCUCACGAGACCUGCUCCUUUUGCCACAAAACGGUAGCUGUGAUGUACCACCAAGUCUCCUGGCUCCAAAGGCUGAGAAUCAGAUCUCUGAAGAAAAUGUUUAUGAUAUUCCAAAAGGUUUGCCCACUGCAGUGCAGUUCAAGAAAGAGAGGGAAAAAAGCAGUGAUAGUUCUGGAGACCAAGCAUACAACGCUCCUCCACAGCUCUCAAGAGAUGCCAGAUUAGAACAAGACAGAUUAUCUGUUUCUAGUGUGGACAGCAGAAGCAGCACUCUUUCUACAUCCUCCAGCUCUUCUGCUGAGUCCUCUUCUACAUCAUCAGCAGAAGAGCCUGCCAAAGAAGUUAAAUUGGACCUGGAUGUAGCCAUAGAGACACUGACUAGAUUGCAGCACGGUGUAUCCAGCUCAGUUGCAAGUCUAAUGAUCUUUGUGAGCAGUAAAUGGAGAUUACAGGAACAUCUAGAGAAGAGUAUUGAAGAAAUUCACAGAGCAGUCGAUCAUGUAAAAGUAUCACUGGGAGAAUUCUUGACCUUUGCUCAGGUUGUAAAGGUAAACGGCUCUUACCUCACUGACCACAACCUUCAGACCCGGAUCAAAAAACAGCUAGAAAUUCUUAUGAACUCAUUUGAGAUUUUAACAGAAACAAGAAAAGCUCUAAACAACUGCAACUGGUCACUAGAGGCUUUGGUCCUCAGGAAACCUCAGAACAACCCAGAUGAUCUCGAUCGCUUUGUGAUGGUAGCCCGCACAAUUCCAGAUGAUAUCAAGAGGUUUGUAUCCAUCGUCAUUGCCAAUGGAAAGCUUCUCUUCAGAAAGAGUGAGAAGGAGCAAGAAAUGAAGCAAUCAAAAGUCAACCCAGAAUACAAAAUGGCAAAACAAAUCACAGGGCCGAGAAAAAUAGAAGUAGAUUCAUUUCAAAGAAAUACUCCUGACAAACCCAGCCAAAGUCAGGUCUCUUCUGAAAAACCAAAAGAAAAUGCCCUGGAGGACUGUGAUUAUGUCCAGUUACAGGCCCAGAAAAUCAUUUCAGAUAAAGAAGUGGCAAAGAGGAAUACAAAUUCAAAACCAAAGGUUUUGCCAUCUGCAAAGAAGCCUGCAGUUCAAAGCACGCAGGAGUCUGCAAAGAAAAUGGCUCUCACAGAACACUGUAAACUGUGUUUCAGUGCACUACACAAGGCAAUCACCGUAUUUACUAAUAGUCUGAGCAACAACCAGCCACCUGAAGUCUUCAUAUCCCACAGCAAAUUGAUCAUUAUGGUGGGACAAAAAUUAGUGGAUUCUCUCUGCCAGGGAACUCAGGAAAGACAAGCUCACAAUGAUGUUCUCCACAGCAGCAGCCAGUUUUGCAGCCUCUUGAAGAAACUUGCUCUCGCCACCAAAAAUGCUGCAAUGCAAUAUCCAAAUGCAGAUGCAGUGAGGGAACUUCAGGAUCAAACUGAGGAGCUGUCUAAGUACACCCAGCAGUUUCGAGCAAUGAUGGAAUGAAAAACACUUUGCUGUUUUUACAAAGUCUCCAUUGGUGUUGCUCCUGUGGCAUCUGGCAGCCAAGGAAGACAAAAGCAGCUCAACUUUAAGUCACUUCUAAGAACUUCUGCCAGGCAGUUCCCUGGGUGCUCGUGCACUUCUGGCAGGUGAAGAUCCAUACAACAGCAGAAGAGGACUUGUAGAAUUAAAACUGUAAUUUCUUCUCCAUUGCUCAGAUCCUGCCUGGAUAUAUCAUCUUAGUGACUGGGAAAGAAUGUUUGCUGUGAAUUAGAGAAAAAAUGUUUUAUAAUCUGGCCGAUUUCUUAUUUUUUAAUUUAUAUGUAGGCCAGAUACAUUUUUCUCUCUUCUUUUUUCUAUUUGAGUCUGCAAAGUCUUUUCUAAUUUUGCAGCACAGUGUUCUGUAGCUUAUCAAAUCCCAUUAUCCAUUGUUUCCUGAGGACUUUACUCAUGAUUUGUAAUUACAGUGGUGGGGUUUUUUUAAAGAGCUGAAAAGCUAAUUUUUGUUUUUAACAUACAAAUGUGAUGACUGUAUCACGAGACAAACUGUGGCAAGUAUUACACAUAGCCCAGAUGGUAUCCUACCUGGUAUCUGAAUACAGAGGAAAACUGACUCAGGUGUCAGGGAGCACAUCUCAGUCAUCCUCUGUCACAGCCUGCAGCUGUUCACAGUGUUGCUCCAACUGAAACAAUAUUUUAGUCACUAAAUGUACUUUGGAUCUAAUAGGCUUUGGACAAGCUAUUUCCAUAAACCAGAAAGGUGACGUUAUUUCUUGUUGGGCACCCAGGGCGCCAGCGUGGGUGAGGCUGCCCAAGGGUUCUCAGACCAGCCAUUACUGUGUUAAUCUGUGUAGGUCAUUACUUUCAUCCUCAGAUUUGCUGGAGAAGGCUCUGUAACCACGCAGGUAGAUUGUUUGCACACCUGUGUUAUUUGUCUUCUUUCCUAAUUAAUUUAUUUUAAAGUUUUUAGCUGAAAUGUCAAAGUCUGUCUUUUCUUGCCAAUACCUGUGUCUUUGCCCUGAAAAUGGACAAUUAAGUUUUGUGAGUAGUUACAGAUAAUUUGCACUGCACCAGUGCACAUGCAGAAAAAAAACCCAGCUCCUUCAUCUUCCUCUUAUGUUUAUGUGGCAGUCACAGUGGUUUACAUCGCUAUUUAAAUGUCAACAUUUGUAAAUAUUACAGCUUGCACAGUUAAAUGCAGUAACUGCAUUUCACAUUGGCUUUGUAUGUUUUGUAUUAAACUCGC